GGUCAAAACUAAACUACGCUCACAUGUUUUUGAUUAGUAAACACGCUAUGAAUUAUUUAAUUUUAUCGUGAAUUAUUAUUAUUUAAGUUAUAAUAAUCAAAAUGUUUAAAAUACCGGAAUGGGAGGCUAGCGUCCCGGCUUCAAAUUUGGACUUUUUAAAAGAAAUAAAAAAAAACAGACCCAAGCCGAAUAAUAAAAAUCAUGACAUCAUCAAAAAAGAAAAUAGUGAAAAGAAUAUCAAUGAAGUUAAUAAACCCAAUGGAAUUGUCCAUCCAAAGAAGAAUAAAAAGGUUAAGAAACCACCUAUUAUAUCCAAUGGUAUUGUUAAGAAAAAGAACUUAUUGCAAAAUAAGUCUUCCCCAAUGAAAAACAUACCUAAACGUAAGAAUAUUGUCGAAAAAAUAGACACAGAACACAAGAAUUUAGCAAAUAAACAAAGUGAUGCUAAAAGUAAUAAUAUUAUUAAAAACAUAGAAACAGAACCUAAGAAACUAGAAAAUAAACGAAGUGAAAAGUGUUCAGAUACAAAAGUUGUAGGAAAAAAAAGACUUCAUGAAAGAAAUGAUAAAAAAAGUAACAUAUGUGAUAAAAAACCUGACUUAAAUGAGAGCCUUGAAAUGGAUAAUUUUGACACUGACAAACUUGAUGAAGCCAUAAUUAAUGCUAAAAAACAGAAAUUAAAAAAAAGUAAACAUGAAGAAGAAAAAGCUGUGGAAGAAACAUUCAUAGAGGAAAAGCCACUUUCAAAAGAGGAACGUAAAAAACAACUGUUAAGAAAUGUUUUACAAAAACAAAAUCUUAGAAGUACAGUAAAAGUUAACGGUAGCAAUUUGAGGGAUCGAAUGUUGCAGCGACUUAAAGCUGCACAAUUUAGGUAUUUAAACGAGAAGCUGUAUACAUCAUCUGGUUCGGAUGCCAAAAAGUUAUUUGAAGAGGACCCUAAUGCAUUCCAAACAUACCAUGAGGGCUACCAGCAGCAGGUGAAGAAGUGGCCUGUAAAACCCCUCGAUGUUAUUUUGAAAAGGAUAUUGAAAAUGCCGAAAUCCCAUCUAAUAGUUGACAUGGGGUGUGGAGAAGGUAUACUUUCUCGACGAGUGCCACAAAAAGUUAGAUCUUUCGACUUAGUAGCGUUUAACCCAAAUGUUGAAGUAUGUGAUAUUGCCCAUACUCCACUGUUAACCAGUUCAAUGAAUGUAGCUGUUUAUUGCUUGGCGCUCAUGGGCACGGAGUUGACUCAGUUUAUCGUGGAAGCUAAUCGCGUUUUGAAGAAAGGCGGGCAUCUAUUAAUAGCAGAAGUGGAGAGCCGUUUCGACGAUGUAGACAAAUUCAUAAACGACGUUCAAAGGAUGGGCUUUUCACUGAAGGAUUUGGAUAAAAGCAACAACGUGUUUUAUUUCAUGGAGUUCACGAAAGUCAAUGAGCCGCCUAAGAAGAAUAAAUUGCCAUUUUUGUCGUUAAAACCGUGUUUCUAUAAGAAGCGAUGAAUAAAUUGAUUGUUUGAUA